CUUCGCCAUAUGAUAUGUUCAAACAUCCCACCACAACCCAGAAGCUGUUUUAAUUGCUUUCUAAAUCAUGCACGCAUGCACAAGUGAUCAGAUCAUCCCCCAAUACUAUGCUCUAUCUAUCUAUGUUCCAAACAGGAAGCAGGAAGGCAGAAAAAUGAGGGGAAAGCCAAUGACUGGUAAACUCACCUUGUUUCUUUGUUUUGCUAGCUUUCUUGCUGGCUCGCUCUUCACUGCCCGCACCAGUAUUCAUACUAGAGACCCUCAGUUUCUCAACCAUCUCGAAAAUCUUGAAGCUGCACAAGAUUGUGACCAUAAACGAAAAUUAGUAGAAUCAAGUGAUCAGGACAUUAUGGUGGAAGUUACUAAAACACAUCAAUCUCUUCAAUCUCUGGAGAAAACGUUCGAAAAUUGGGAGAUGGAAAUGGCUCUAUCUCGAACGAACGGGAGAAAUCAAAGAACGCCGCCGGAGAAGGCGUUCGUAGUGAUCGGAAUCAACACGGCUUUCAGCAGCAAGAAACGCCGAGACUCGAUUCGAGAGUCAUGGAUGCCUCGAGGAGACUCGCUGAAGAAACUAGAGAAAGAGAAGGGGAUUGUGAUCCGAUUCGUCAUAGGAAAGAGUGGAAGACCUGGUGGAGCAUUGGACAGAGCCAUAGACGAGGAGGAGGAGGUGCACGGUGACUUUCUGCGGCUGAGGCAUGUGGAAGAUUACCAUCAACUAUCGACGAAGACUCGGCUGUAUUUCACCACCGCAGCGUCGCUGUGGGCGGCGGAGUUCUACGUCAAGGUUGACGACGAUGUUCAUGUGAAUUUGGGUGCGUUGGUGUCGGCCCUCGAACGGCAUCGGUCCAAGCCCAGGAUUUACAUGGGCUGCAUGAAGUCAGGCCCAGUUCUCUUUCAAAAGGGACUAAAGUAUCACGAGCCAGAGUAUUGGAAAUUCGGAGAAGAAGGGAACGAGUAUUUCCGGCAUGCCACUGGUCAAAUCUAUGUCAUUUCUAAAGACCUUGCUGCCUACAUUUCCCUUAAUUUUCCGAUACUACAUAGAUAUGCAAACGAAGACGUGUCGUUGGGAGCUUGGUUCAUUGGGUUAGAAGUGGAACAUGUGGAUGAUCGUUCAAUGUGUUGUGGGACACCUCCAGAUUGCGAACCAAAAUCGAACGGAGGGAAUGUGUGCGUGGCAACUUUUGAUUGGUCGUGUAGUGGGAUUUGCGAAUCGGUAGACAAAAUGAAGGAGGUCCAUAAGUUAUGUGGAGAAGGCAAUGCAGCUAUUUGGAACGUUGACGUUUAAUGUCAUUGUUAUCCAUUUUCACUUCAUGCUUGUCCACUUAUAAUAACAUCGAUGAACUUCCCAUUCAGAAUGCCAAAGUCGUCGCUUUUGUACCUUGCAUCAAUCAAUGAGCAUCUAUUUAAUCUC